CUUUAUAUUGUAUAUAUAAGGGCACCGGUUGAUACUAGGAUGUACGUCCCUUAACACUUUCCCUCCACCCAUCACAAAUAUGUCUCCCGUUACGGUUCAAUUGCAGCGUGCAGUCGUCCUUCACGGUCCUAAGGACCUUCGUCUCGAAGAACGCCCAUCCUGGCCUCCACAGUACAACCAUGCACAAGUAGCAGUACAAUCAACCGGUCUGUGUGGAAGUGACUUGCACUAUUAUCUAGAAGGUCGCAAUGGCGAUUUUGCACUCCAAGCACCUCUCGUCCUCGGCCAUGAAUCAGCAGGUGUGGUUACUGCUGUCGGUCCGGGUGUGAAAAAUCUAGCUGUUGGUCAACGCGUUGCAAUAGAGGCCGGCAUCAUGUGCAAAGUGUGCAAUUAUUGCCAGGCUGGCCGUUACAAUCUGUGUAAGGGUAUGCGCUUCGCCAGCAGCGCAAAAACCUUCCCUCAUCUUGACGGGACCCUACAAGACCGAAUGAACCAUCCAGCACACGUUAUUCAUCCACUGCCUGAUAACUGCAGCUUCGAACAAGCCGCCUUGGCUGAGCCGUUGUCAGUUUUGAUACACGCUGCUAGACGAGCCAAUCUUGCUUCAGGUCAGCGUGUUCUCGUGUUCGGUGUGGGUACCAUUGGUAUCCUCGCUUGUGCACUAGCCAAUGCAUAUGGUGCCUCUCGGGUCGUUGCCAUUGACAUUAACAAGGCGCGACUGAACUUUGCGAAGUCGCACGGUUUCGCUUCACAAACGUACUGCUUGCCCAUGGUCGAUAAGGCUAAAACGACCGAUGAGCAGCUUCGAUGUGCAAAAGACAAUGUCUCGACUGCCUUGUCUAAAUUCAACGAGCCAGAAGGCUUUGACCUAGUCUUCGAAUGUACGGGCGCUGAGCCCUGUAUUCAGAUGUCGAUUCACGCUGCUGUCACGGGUGGCAAAGUCAUGCUGGUUGGAAUGGGGUCACGAAAUGUCAUGCUUCCGCUCUCCGCAGCAGCCCUGCGUGAAGUAGACAUUCAAGGCUCCUUCCGUUAUGCCAACACGUAUCCUGAAGCUCUCAAGCUGCUCGGAUCGGGGAAACUCCGCAACGUCGAAAAACUUAUUACACACCGCAUUCCCCUGGAAGAUACCGCUCGAGCUUUUGAAUUAUUGGCUCAAGGCAAAGACGAGGAUGGCAACAUGGUUAUCAAGAUUGUAAUUGGGCCUUCAUCAUAGUUCUGGUCUAUUAUCUUUCAUCUUUAUAUCUAGAGGACGGACUAAAAAGCUGCAAGCGUUGUAGUGUAACUUUUCAUAUUUCAGCACAGGCAUCUCGGAUAAUCCUACGGGGCAUUUGUAUGUUAUUUACGCGCACCUUUGCAAUAAAUAAAUAUUCGCAGUCAUAUUUUCUUCGCAAUAUCGUCGUGUAUAUACCUAGACAUAUUCAAUCACAGUGUUACCGUG